CCUGGGCUGAACCCAACCGAGCCCGGGGAUCCUACUCCUUUUCCGCAUCGCCGUCGUCGUCUCCGCUGCCAAAGUCGAAGUCUCUAGACCAGAAGUCCAAAAUCCGCCGAGGAAACGGCCAAUUUGCUUCCUAUAAAUCCGUUCCGUUUUCUACCCUGGGCGCACAUCUUGUUUACAGAAGGUAAUUGAACAAUGGCGGCAGAACUAUCGGAGAAGGCGAAGGAAGCGUUCUUGGACGACGACUUUAAGCUGGCGGUUGAUUUCUACUCGAAAGCCAUCGAUUUGAACCCUAACAACGCGGAUUACUUCGCAGACAGGGCUCAGGCCAACAUCAAACUCAGUCUCUUUACUGAGGCUGUUGCUGAUGCAAAUAGGGCGAUUCAAUUGAAUCCUUCGAUGGUGAAGGCAUAUUUGCGUAAAGGCACUGCCUGCAUUAAGCUUGAGGAAUAUCAAACAGCAAAGGCAGCACUUGAGAUUGGUGCUACCUUGGAUCAAGGAGAUCAGAGAUUUACCAAGUUGAUCGAAGAGUGCAAUCAAAGUAUUGCGAAUGAAUCCAAUGAGCUCAGCCAUUCUGUAGCUCCAAAUAAUCCGCCCCCAACAAGUGUUGCAUCUGCAUCCGCUUCUGCUGCUUCACCUCAGGUGAAUGCAAUCCCCUCCAAGCCCAAGUAUAGGCAUGAAUACUACCAGAAAGCUGAGGAAGUUGUUGUAACAAUAUUUGCCAAGGGAAUCCAAUCAGAGAAUGUCACUGUCGAUUUUGGUGAUCAGAUUCUCAGUGUGACAAUUGAUGUUCCUGGCGAAGAGAGUUACCAACUUCAACCCCGACUAUUUGCCAAAGUGCUACCAGAUAAGUGCAGAUAUCAGGUGCUAACUACCAAGAUCGAGAUCCGCCUUGCCAAAGCUGAACCUAUUCAGUGGAUAUCUCUCGAGUAUAGGAAUAAUGCUGUAGUCGUGCAGCAAGUAAAUGCAUCUUCAGUAGUUGUCUCUCAGAGGCCGGCAUACCCAUCAUCAAAAUCUCGAGGCAAAGAUUGGGAUAAGUUGGAAGCACUAGUUAAGAAGGAAGAGAAAGAUGAGAAGCUAGAUGGUGAUGCUGCAUUGAACAAGUUUUUCAGGGAGAUCUACUCAAGUGCCGAUGAGGACAUGAGAAGGGCUAUGAGCAAAUCUUUCGUGGAGUCGAAUGGGACAGUGCUGUCAACAGACUGGAAAGAAGUGGGUGCGAAGAAGAUAGAAGGCAGCGCACCUGAUGGCAUGGAGAUGAAGAAGUGGGAGUACUAGAAAUUUCAUUUGCCUUGGCUGUAUUUUGGGGUCUUUUUUCUAUUCGGUUUUCCUUUCCCCUGUUUCUUAUAUGAUUUUGUGAAAGAUUGGAGAUCCACAACCUUACUGAGUUCAAAACUUCUUUGGAGGGUUUCUCCAGUUCUGCCUAGUAGAUGUAACCGUAGUUUAUAUGUUAGAAGGAAAGGAAUCACAGUGCACAGAAUGACCCAAACUUUUCAUGCUUCUAUCUGUUUUGGGCUUUGGCUUUAUUUUCACUCAGAUUCAUCAGCUGUCAUGUUUAGCAUUGUUAAAGAGGACCAGAGUUGGGGUUUUUUAUU